AUGUCCUUUCUCCGUUAUCCAGCCGACGUUCUGACGGGGAUUCCCGAAGAGCGAAUUCAAUUCUUGAAGCAAUAUGAGGACUGGUUCACGAUCGAGGCCCCGGCGCUGAGGAAUAUCACCGAGCACUUCGUGCAGGAGCUUGGAAAAGGACUCACUGAGGAAGGCGGGAAUAUUCCCAUGAAUGUAACAUGGAUCACCGACUUCCCCACAGGCUGCGAACAGGGAAGAGUCCUGACCAUGGACAUGGGCGGAACCAAUCUGCGAAUCUGCCACGUAAAACUCGAACCGAAUCGACGAGACUUUGAGCAAACCCAAAGAAAGUUCAAGCUGCCAGGGGAGGUGAAGACUGGCACCGGGGAGCAGCUUUGGGAGUUUAUAGCAGACCGGUUGAAAUCAUUCAUUGACGACCACCAGAUCCAGGUUUCAAUCUCGGAAAAGGUUCCAGUGGCCUUUACUUUUUCGUUUCCGGUACAUCAAACUGGGAUCAAAAGCGGCGUGCUCCAGCGAUGGACGAAGGAUUUCAACGUCGCAGGAGUAGAAGGACAUGAUGUCGUUCCGCAAUUGACAGCGGCAAUUGAGAGGAAACAAGUUCCAGCUCGAAUAGAAGCCCUAAUCAACGACACAACGGGCACAUUGUUGGCGUCACGCUACUUCGAUCCGCACAUCCAAGUGGGCUCAAUCUUCAGUACCGGCUGCAAUGCUGCGUAUAUGGAAAAAUGUUCCAAUAUCCCCAAGAUGCGAGACGAGGGAUUCGCCGAAAACGCAAAAGUCAUCAUAAACACCGAAUAUGGGGCAUUCGACAACGAUCGCAAAGUUCUGCCCCUGACCCCUUUUGAUCGAGACAUCGACCGAAAAUCGGCGCGGCCUGGCACGCAGAUCUACGAGAAGAUGGUUGCUGGGCUCUAUAUUGGGGAGAUGCUGCGCCUUGUCUUGCUGGCAUUGCACGAAGAAGGCCGGCUCUUUCGCGAUCAGGACAUUAGCCCACUCAAAAGGGAGCACUGCCUCGAAGCGGCCUUCUUGUCCGCCGCGGAGACGGAUACCUCUGAGGAUCUGAAAGGUCUGCGGAAAGAAUUCGAGGACUACUUCGCCUUAUCCCCGAAGUUGGAUGAUCUCAAAAUAUGUCGAUAUCUCAUCGGCCUCAUUGGAAUCCGGGCAGCUCGUCUCUAUGCGUGCGGCAUUGCGGCUGUGUGCAAGAAGACCAACUCGUUCAGAUGUCACGUCGGUGUUGACGGUGCAGUGUUCAAAAAAUACAGUGGUUUCAAGGCACGCGCAUCGCAAGCUCUUCGCGAAAUAUUUGACUGGCCUGAUGAUGAAUUUGACCUCAUUUCUCUGAACUCGUCCGAGAGUGGAUCGGCAGUUGGGGCAGCACUAGCGGCCGCUAUGUCCAUGGGGUGUGAGGCUGGCGAGAGAUCGUCAAAGCUCGCCUGCAUUGUCUAG